ACCGGCGACCACCACUCCACUCUCCACCCACCCAACCAAUCAACCAACCAAAGCAGCAGCAUUCGUGGUGGUGGUGGCCGCCUCUACUCGCACGCUCGCUCCUCCUCUCCUCUCCUCUCCUCCCAAAGUUGAAUUGCAUCUUUCUCUUUCGCUUUGCCGUGUCAACGCGAACAAAAAGAGCCACGCCUCCCUCCAUUUCCUCCCUCACGAACCUUCCCUCCAUCUCCCCCUCCGCCUCCUAUAAAGCCCGCCACCUCGGUGUGCUUUGGGUGUUCGUCCGUGUUCUUGCCUUUCUUGGAGCUUGCCAGGCAUGGCUGCUGCGGUAGUGGCGAGGUGUGGUGGUGCCAAGAAGCGGAAGGGCGAGGGGCUCGGGGAGAUGCACGACGACGUGCUCGAGCGCGUCCUGGCGAGGCUCCCGCCGGCGAGCUACUUCCGGCUCAGGGGGGUGUGCCGGCGGUGGAGCGACGCCGCGUCGUCGCCCACGUUCCUCGCCGCGUGCGGCCGCGUCCCCGCGCGCGACCCGUGGUUCCUCAUGCUGUCGGAGGGGGAGGGGCAGGAGCGGCGUCUUCCGGCCGUCGCGUUCGACGCCGGCGAGGGGGAAUGGGCGCGGUGCGGGGGCGCGCCGGGGCACGUGAUGCCGGUGGUGGCCGCGUCGGGGGGUCGAGUGCUGUACCGCGCGCCGGACACCGGGGAGCUCACCGUGGCCAACCCGCUCACCGGCGCGUCCCGCGUGCUGCCUGCGCCGCCGCCCGGCGCCGCGCUCCACGCCGUUGCCAUGUACGGCUCCUCCCCCUACCGCGUCGUCCUCAUCACGGGCGACCUCCCGGACCUCUCCAUGACGGUGUUCGACUCGUCCAAGAACGCGUGGGACGACGCGGUGGCGCUGUCCCGGAAGCCGGAUGCCUCGUCGCCCGAGCGCGACGCGGAGGGCGGCGUCGGCGGCGGCGGCGGCGGCGGCGACGACGAGACGGUCUACUUCCUGAGCAAGUCCGGCGACGUGAUGGCGACCAACAUGCAGCGGAGCGCGUCGAGGCAGUACUCGUCCGCCGUCACGUGCGGCGACGGCGGCGAGGCCGUGGCCUACUUCCUGAGCAACUCCGGCGCGGUGGUGGCCUGCGAACUGUCGCGCCGCGCCUUCGCCGAGCUCCCCCGGAUCCUGCCCGUGUACUUCGAGUACUCCAUCGACGUCGUGGCGUGCGGCGGCCGCGCCUACGUGGUGGUCCUCUCGGAGCUCCUCGGCACGGCCAGCCUGCGCCUGUGGGAGUUCGCCGGCGGCGCGUGGCGGCAGGUGGCCGCGAUGCCGCCGGCCAUGUCGCACGCGUUCCACGGCAAGAAGGCCGACGUCAACUGCGUCGGGCACGGCGACCGCGUCAUGGUCUGCGUCAGCUCCGGCGAGGCCAACGGCUGCUUCAUGUGCGACGUGCCGACCAACCGCUGGGAGGAGCUCCCGCCGUGCGCCGGCGCCGGCGGCGAGCCCAUGGACUUCGUGGCCGCCUUCUCGUUCGAGCCAAGAAUGGAGGUCACCGUCUAAGCACCAUUGAUGUGUACUUGUAGUAUCUUAGUAUGCAGUGAGAUCGAUUGAUUUCAGCUUGUGUAGUUGUGUGUGCAUGAUUUUGUUGGGUGAUUUGAGGAUUAUUUUCAUGGGAAUCAAAGCCACCCGUCUGUCUCAUCAGUGUGUUCGUGUUGCUGUUGUUAGCCAGGAGAGCUUCACACUGUAUCUUCUGUUCUUUCUUGAUUCUUGUGCCAAACCUCACCUCAGUGCAGCAACUA